AUGCCUCAUAAGAGAAUACGACAAGAGCAAGAUAUUUUCGUUCGACUUAUCGACUCAGUUACCAAACAGCCGAUUGUCUAUGAAGGACAAGAUAAGAAUCCAGAAAUGUGCAGAGUGUUGCUCACCCACGAAGUCAUGUGCAGGUUUUUUCUUAAGUUCUUCCUCAAGUGCAACCAAAAUUGUUUGAAAAACGCUGGCAACCCACGAGAUAUGAGAAGAUUUCAAGUGGUAAUAUCAACACAAGUGAUGGUCGACGGCCCACUGCUCGCGAUAUCGGACAACAUGUUUGUACACAACAAUAGCAAGCACGGAAGACGUGCGAAACGUCUUGACCCUACUGAAGGUAUUGACGCCGCGCCCGAACCUAAUUCGGGGCUAUAUCCACCGUUGCCCGUAGCAACGCCAUGCAUCAAAGCAAUAUCUCCGAGCGAAGGCUGGACGUCAGGGGGUUCUACGGUUAUAAUAGUGGGGGACAACUUCUUCGAUGGACUGCAAGUAGUAUUCGGAACUAUGCUGGUAUGGAGUGAGGAGAUAAUCCUGAAACGAGCAGCGGAUUUAGCGGAAGCACUGUACUCCAUGCCGCGCAACAACCAGCUGGGGCUCGGCCCGCGCUCGCCGCCCGCCAGCAUGCCCUUCAACUCGUACAGCGGCCAGCUGGCGGUCAGCGUGCAGGACACCACCGCCUCGCAGUGGACUGAAGAAAGUGAUGAUGAUGUUCUCCUAGCCGAUUCCGGCCACGGCGGCCAAUCUCAA